GGCACAGCCCGUUCACCAUGGCGCUCGCGAGAGCCACCAUGGCCUCUUGCCCUCUUCCCCUACUCCCGCGGCACGCUGGUCGCGGGCGCGGCGUGGCUCUGCGCUGGGGCCGACAAGGCAACGUCGCCUGGGAUCUCGGCCUCGCUGCGUGCGAGGACGUCGAUGCCGAAGAGGAGACGGACGAGGAGGAUGAGAACGAGGAGCGGGAGGACGCCGAGCACGAGUCCGAGUCCAGCAACGCCGCGGAGCUCGGAAAUUUCAGGAAGAGUUUGCAUAGAAAGUCGUGGCUCUGGAGCCAGCAACAGAGCCCAGAUGGAGACAUCAUCGACUGCGUGCAUAUCUCCCACCAACCAGCCUUCGACCAUCCUCUCCUCAAGAACCACACAAUACAGUUUAGGCCGGCCUACCACCCUGAAGGUCUAUAUGAUGAUGCCAAGAGCAGCAUAGGCUCCAACAAUGCCGGCCAGAAGCCGAUGAUCCAGACGUGGCAUUGAAAUGGCACAUGUCUGGAAGGCACAGUCCCAAUCAGGAGAACCAAGAAGGAUGACCUACUCCGAGCGUCAUGAGGCAGUAGGCUAACAAGUUCAGUCUGUCCCAACUCUGGAUCCUGGGGGGUCAUAUGGGGAGGAUCUGAACAGCAUAGAGGCUAGGUACUUCAAAGAAUCUGACAUUCUGACCUCAUGAGUUUAGUUUGUUCAUUCUUGUGUCAAGUAAAUGCUGACAUUUUUCAUAGUGGCAUGCAACCCAAAAUGUGUGUCUUAACAUUUAUGUGAUGUUUGGUUUUGGU